AUGACCGACCUAUUCAACACUAUCGGAGAGAAGGCCGAGAAGGUCGCUCCGGUGGCCGCCCCUAAUGGGACAACGGAGGACGAUGAGAAGGUGGUUGAGGAGAUCGAGUCCCUCUGCAUGAACUGCGAGGAGAAUGGUAUGACACGCCUUCUCUUGACCAAGAUUCCCUAUUUUCGCGAGAUUAUCAUCAUGUCCUUCUCCUGCGACCACUGCGGCUUCAGCAACAACGAAAUCCAGCCUGCAGGCACCUUCCAACUCAAGGGUGCCCACUACGAGCUCCGGUUAACAGAGAUGCCCGACUUUGAGCGCCAGGUUAUCAAGUCCGACACAGCCGUUGUUAAGUUCAUUGAGCUGGAUGUGGAAGUCCCCGCUGGCAAGGGCCAGCUCUCGAACGUGGAGGGUCUCCUGAGAACGAUCAUCGAUGACCUGGAGUUCGGACAGGAGGGGCGCAAGGAGCAAACGCCUGAGGUGUAUGACAAGGUAGCCGAGGUCAUUACUCAGGGCAGAAAAAUGCUUGACGGCGAAGCAUUCCCGUUCCGCGUCUCGGUUGACGACCCGGCGGGCAACUCGUUCAUCGCCCCUGACCCGCGCGACGGCGUCGGCAAGUGGUCAAAGCGAGAAUUUCUCCGCACACCCGAGCAGAACGCAGCCCUCGGUCUUACCGACACCGCCAAAACGGACGAUCUCGACGAAAACGGCGACAUUAUUCCCGAUCAGAUUUACCAGUUCCCGGCCUCUUGCCCCGGCUGCUUGCACUCUUGUACGACCAACAUGAAAAUGGUUGAGAUCCCGCACUUCCGGCAAGUAGUCAUCAUGAACACGUCAUGCGACGACUGCGGGUAUAAGUCGAACGACGUCAAAACCGGCGGCGAGAUCCCGGAGAAGGGCAAGAAAGUCACCCUCCGCGUCCGCAAUGUCGAAGACCUCGCGCGCGAUAUCCUCAAGAGUGAGAGCUGCGCCCUCGAGUGCCCUGAGCUCAGCCUCACGGUCAACCCCGGCACUCUCGGUGGCCGCUUCACCACGGUCGAGGGCCUGCUUACCCAGAUACGUGAUGACUUGCACAGCCAGAUCUUUGAGGCCGAUGCCGAUUCUGGGCCGGCGGCGCGCAAGAACGACUCGCUCGAUAAAGAGGAGAAGACACGUUGGGAGAAGUUCUUCGACGAUCUCAACACAGCUAUCAAGGGCGAAAGUGAAUUCACUAUCAUACUCACAGACCCACUCGCGAGCAGCUAUGUUCAGAGCACAGCCGAGGACCCCUCCCAGCCGGACGGGCAGAUGACUGUUGAGGAGUAUGAGCGCACAGAUGAAGAGGAGGAGGACUUGGGGCUGAAGGAUAUGAAAACGGAGGGGUAUGAAAACGAUGUUUAG